AGAAGAAUAAUACUUAAGAAGAAGAAAAAUACACAGGAAAAAAUGAGUAAGGUAAUGAGCAUGGUGUGGAUAGUUAUGAUACUAGCGGUAAUGGUCAUAGAAGGUGAAGCAAAAACUGAAAUAGAAUGCAGUAAGAUCUGCCGUCCCCACUGCCAGCGCUCAUCACCAGCGUCAGAAUGUGCAGCUUGUCGUACAAAAUGUUACAAGUCUCCACCAGUUGCAAUGAGAGGCAGGAACCGUCGCAUGGUUCCGGAAGUUCACAAACAGCAAUAGAUCAAAUGUAACUUGUUUUCACUUACAUAUAUAUAUAUAGAAAGAUACACAUGCUGACUUUAUACAAUAUGUUUGGAUGUUGACUCGUCCAAACCUUUUAAUACUUAUACGUUGGUUAUCGUUUAAUAAGAUGAGAUUAUUCUAUGUUAUUUCUUCUGUGUUCUUUUCUUUUCUUUUCUUUUGGUUAUUUUGUCAAAAAUCAACAUGUUCAUCCUCUA